CAAAAAGACAGUCAAAGUGUUUGUGUUUACUGGUUGCUGCGAUUUGCAAGGAAUAUAGACUUAUAGACGCAUGUUUGUAUUGGUUGAUAACAAAAUAAUUGCAAUGACUACCUUUAUUGUUGUUCCAGAGAGCAAAUUAACUUGUGACCAAAUGCGGGAAGAAUUUUGGAACCUUAGUUUGCUUGCACCUUUAGUUAAUGAUGUAUAUGAUUGUAUAGUGUGGGCCGCAUUGCGUAAUUUAAUUAAAAAUAGUGUAUUCUGUAACAUGUGCAAUAUAAGUAAGACAUUUGUUAAACGUACUAACUGCAUAAACCAAUAUAUGUGGAAAUGUAAAGGGUGUUCGAAGUCCACAUCUAUACGCGAUGGAUCGUUUUUUGCGCAAAGUCAUCUAACCAUUUCCCAAAUUAUAAUAGUGAUUUAUGGAUUUGCAAAUGAGUUCUCACAGAAACUAAUCUGCAGAGAAGCAAUGCUGUGUAGCAGAUCUAGUACUGUUAACGUUUGGUUAAAUUUGUGCCGUAAAGUUUGCACCAAAUAUUUCGAGCAACAUCCCGUAGAACUAGGGGGAUUCAAUGAGGACGGAGAAUCACGCACAGUGGAACUUAACGAAUUUCAUUACAGGAAAGUGCAAUGGGUUUUUGGGGAAGUAGAAAGGAAAACUGGAAAAUUGUUCCUUACUCCAGUGCAAGCACGGAACGAAGAGACCCUGUUGCCCAUUAUAUCAAGAACUAUUCUACCAGGAACAGUAAUUGUUACUGAUGGAUGGGAAGCGUACAGAAACAUUGGUCUCCUGGGUGGAGGGGUGUAUGAGCACCGAACUGUUCUUCAGAAUUACUUCGUAGAUCCACAUGAUAAAAGUAUUCAUAAACAAACCAUUGAAAGCGUUUGGAUGCGUGUCAAGAAGAUGCUCAAUAGACAGUAUAGAACUUCCACAGACCUCCACCUACUUCCACAGUACCUCCAAGAAUUUAUGUGGAGGGAACGGAUGAAAAAAAAAGACCAAUUUGUGGAAUUUUUAAUAUGUGUAUCAGAACAAUUUUUAGUUUAGUCAAAUUUAAGUAUAAGCUAGUGUAUUCUUUUGUUAAUUAUUUUCAUAUGUUAGUUUGUUCAUUUAACUAAGUUAGUUUAUUCUUAUUACUUUUGUUCUGAAAGUAUGUUCAGUGUAUAUGCUAUUUUUGUUAUUAUUAUGUUAAUUAUCCACAGUUAUCUACAACAUAUUCCUUUUAAUGCUUCAACCACCAGAUUGGCAGCCGUUAUUAAAAUAAUUACACAAAUUUUUCAAAUUUAAAAUUACAAGAUGUAAAUCUUAUAUUUCUUUGGUGACAGCUUGUGGAUUAUUCUCAUAUACACACAUCAAAAUGGUCUAAG